UCUCAAGAAGACAAUAUUGGCGCGUUCUAUGUAAUUCGUUCAGUGUAUUAAUCUUAGGCCAUUAGGACGGAUUAGUAUAUACGAACAGUAUAUUAACAUUUAAUAAGCCGUUUAUUUUUGAAGAAUUUUUAAUGCAAUAAAAUGUCGAUUGAAAAUGCAAAUAAUAAAAGUAAUUCCAUUGAAAGUGAAGAUGUAUCAUCCCAAAUGAAACAGGAACUUAAGGAUAGAGCUGAAAGAAACAGACAGAAGGCAUUAUUGUUAAAAAAUUCUAAACUUGUAGCUCAUCCAUAUGCAAAAGGUGAAAAUGAUGAAUCUUCCAAGGGUAGAGCAAUAAAGGUUCAAGGAAAACGUGUUGUUGAUAGCGGAGGUGGAUUUCUUAUAGAAGAAAAUGACGAAUUGGAACAACAAAUGAUAAACAUCGUAACAGAACCUGCACCCUUUAUCAGUUCAUUACCUCAUUGCAAUGAUUGUAAUAAAGAAUUUAAAGAUUCUUAUCUUCUUCAGACUUUUAAUUUGGAAGUAUGUGAUGCAUGCAGGGAUAGUGAAGACAAACAUUCUUUGAUCACCAAAUCAGAAGCUAAACAAGAAUAUUUGUUAAGAGAUUAUGAUUUUGAUAAAAGAGAGCCAGCAUUAAAGUAUAUCGUUAGAAAAAAUCCUCAUAAUCCACGUUGGGGUGAAAUGAAGUUAUACUUACAUUUACAAAUAGAACAAAGAGCUUUAGAAGUUUGGGGCUCAGAAGAGAAAUUGUUAGAAGAAAAAGAAAAGCGUGAUUUGAAGAAAGAGGAAACGAAAAUAAAACAUUUUAAUAAAAAGAUUAAAAGACUGAGAAUGCAAGUAAGAAGUUCUCUCUACAAUAAAACGACAAAGGCCAAUCACGUUCAUGAAUUUGGAGAGGAAACUUAUAAUGAGACUGAUGAUACGUAUUCCCAUACAUGUUUGUCAUGUGGAUAUGACGAAAUAUAUGAAAAAAUAAUACAUCAUAAAAAUCUUAUCUGCAGUUAAUGGACCCAUAGUGUGACUUCCUCGAGAAAGCUGCAGCAAAUGUGAAAUGUUAAAUACGCGCUUGACAUAAAUAUUAUAAUGAUCAAGAGUUUUUUGUUUUUUUUUAUUCAAAUAAUUACCUCGAGAAUGAGUGAUAAGCACGCGGGAUAGAAUGUCAAGAACACAACGUAAUUCACAAUUGCACCAAGACAUGCAAAACUGCAGAGCGUCUCUAAUCGUUUAAACCCUGAUAAAGAGCCUAUUCCAAUGAGAAGUGUUUCGACUAGAGUAUCCAAUGUUAUGGUUGGACCCAAAAGAGACAUACCGCGUGCAAUAUUAGUGCGUACUUCUUCUUGAUUUCUUGAACUUAAUGCGAACUGUGCUAAUAUAGCAGCUUUCGAAAGAUCAAUCAAUAAUAAGAAAAAGAAGAGUGCAUCCCUAUAAAUAAACAAAUUUUUGCAUAAAGAAUUAAGUCGACUACCUUAACUGAAAUAUAUUUUCUUAUUCCCAUCAUUACGAAAUACUUGAUAUAUAAAAUAUAUGAGGUAUAACAAUUUAGAGAAUUGUGAUGUCAAAAAAAGAAAAAAAAAAAAUAAAAUAAAAUAAAAUAAAAUAAAAUAAAAUAAAAUAAAUCUAAACGAUUUGUUUAUUACAAUAAUGUAUUUAAUUUUAUGAUAUAAAGAACUUACUUUAGAUCGAAGAUGCUACGACCAAAAUUUACGACACUAGAUGUAAAUAUUACGCUUGAAAAAAUUAUAAAUAAGCCAGCGAUACCUGCACAUAAAAAAAUAAUUAAUAAAAUCUUAAUAUCUAUAUUUAUUUAUUCAAAUGGAAUAUUAUAAAAAAAGAUUUUUGUUAUAAAAAUUGUCGUUUACAUUUAAUCUUUAAUAUGCAUAAAAGUGAAAUUUUAUAAAUAAUAUCGAAUUAUCAUUAUAAAUUUAUUUACCUAAUAUAUAUUUUGAACCGAGUUUCUGAAGAUUUCGAAAUUGAUGAUAUGUAAAAAGGAUUGCGAGACAUCUUAUUAUAGUCAUUACUAUAAUUUCCACAGCGUUCAAAUCCUAAUCGAUC